GACCUAAACAAAAGAAUCGCGAAAAAAGACCCGCACCCACGGACAUAGCGCUAGUGUCGCGGUGUCUGCGUAGAAUUAUUAUGACUCAUCAAUUAGUUCCAUUAAUUCCCGCGGGACUUCUUUCGUGACGCGUACAAGUUAAUUAUUUUACUUUCUUUAUGUUAUGUCGUUUUCUUGACUAGUUAUGUUUCGAGACGAGAUGGACAACUGUUUUAUAGAUACAACAAUAGAGUUUCUAUCUGUCGCUUUUCACAAUAUACUAUAUUACGCUUCAAUCUAUCCAAGAAGCAUUUUUGAAAAGAGAAAGAAGUACAGUGUCGUUAUUUACCGUUCUAUGCACCCAGAGGUAAAUCAGUAUAUCGAUUUAUGCCUUAAAAGCAUAAUGCACUGUCUGAAGAGCGGACAGCUAAGUCGUAUAGAAUUUUCUAUAACGGACAAUACUUACACACCAGUGGUAAAGUUCGUAUUUGAUUUGGACAAAAAUGGCCAAUUCGAUGGCUCUACAGACGCUUAUUUGGUUCAAACUGAGGAAAAUUUUCGCGCCUUCUGCCUUAUCAUGUCAUCAAUGAGCCACAGAUUCAAUAAUUUACCAGAAGACUGCAGCUUUACUAUACAUCUGCAUACAAAUGAGUCUGCAGCAGUAACCAUGGCAACUAAUCCUGACUUGGAGGACUUUCCUCUUGUAGAAGUGGAUGAGGUUGAAGAAAGCACAAAUAAAAUUUUACCUCUAAGAAGAUUUACACUAAGAAAUUAUAGUCUGGAUGCAUAUAUAGAAAUAAGGUAGUUUUAAUGAUUAUUACUAUAUGUUAUGUAUUAUUUAUCACUAUACCAAAUUAAUUUUUUUUCAAUUGUACAAAACUUUCAAUUUAAUAAAUUCCACUUUGAUUUUUCAGUUUCACUUUUAAGCAUCUCAAUCUUGAAUAUAUCUCAUCCCAGUCCACAUAUGCUCCUAUAAGCUUUCUUACAUUACUAUUAUUAUCUUCGUAAGCAUUUCGUCCAUGCAACAGUCGUAUAUUAUCAAAUGUUAAAAUAUCCCCAGCAUUUGUUUUGAAUCUCGCCAUAAACUUGUGGUUUAAAUCAUAAAAUAACUUGUGAGCUUUAUACCAGGGUUGCACAUUUUCCAAUGGUCCUGGAAAGAAGCUGCCACGUUGAGGAAUUGAGAAGUUUAUCCUGGUGACCUCACCAUGCAUAUCUAAACAGAUUACAGGAGCUCUGUGUAGUUUGAAAAAUUCAUUCCCAUCUUCUACACCUAUAUCACUCCACUCUAUUUCUGUUUCAGUUAAAAGUUGGUAUUCCUUUGGGUGGUUCUGCUUUAUAUAUUCUGCUACAUAGUAAGCAUCGGAGAGCAGAUUUUCCCCACCUUUACUCUGAGUCUGUACCAGGCAAUGCAGCAUGUUAACCCCAGGGCAGUAUUCAUAGUAUGGCAAAUCUAUGUGCAUUUGUAAGUUGUUAGACAGAUAAGCAACAUUGCUUGUGUUGACAACAUGUUGGACUACGAAUUUCACACCGUAAUGUGUUCUUCUUGUGAAGCCAAUCUUCUCCACAACUUUGUCAAUAGCAGCCUCAUUGUCUGGAGUAUUUUGGAUCAAUGCUACACCAAAAAUAGAAAGCUUUUCAAGCCAAUUGUGAAGAGCUUCAUCUGAUUGUAUUAUCUCAUUAUAAUCAUGUUUACUGCAUAUAUCUUGGAACUGGUCACCUCUCCAAGUUUCUUUCUUUGAUUUGUAGAUGCUUUCAGUAUAAUUCUUCUGUCCGUCAGGAGUAAAUCUUCUGAAUUUUAACCAGUCCACUCCGUAUUUGGACUUGUGUCCAUCUUCCCAGGUAACUUCUAUUGUUUUUCCAUCUUCAGUUACGUUUUGUGGAACAAUGUUUAUGUUGAAGUUGGUCCAAUCAAUAGUCCUACUUUUGGCUGUAGAAUGAAAGCAGUGUUCACAUUGGCAGUUGUCCCUGAGCCAGACAUGAGGGAAUUUUAAACUUUCACCACAAAUUUUUAUUGUUAAAUUGUUGUCUACUUGUUUUUUUAACAAUAAACUUGAAUUGUGGACCUCUAUUUGUCGCUUAGCAGAAUUUGUUAAGAUUUUAAGAAUAUUUUGUGAACUUUUGAUCCGGUUGAGAACAAACAUGAUUGCCUUCUCAGACUGGGUAAUGACGACAAGUGUGAGAUAAAAGUUAGUUGACAUAAAACUGUUACAGUUUGCUGUUGUGAGAUAACGCGUAACAGCUAUAAUUAUGUAGUAAAUGAACUAUUAUCAGAUAAGUAAUGAGAGCCUUGUCACUGUUUGAUCUGUCAUAAUUGUUAUAUUUUAUAGUAAGAUUAUAAUUGUACUGUGAAUAGAUGUAGGUACACUUAUGGUGUGUGUGUAUGAUGACAACCAUACAAACUUACUACAAUCUGAUAAAAUAAAAAUGUUUUUAUUUAGGUAAUCAACAUUUAUUUAAAUAAAAAAGAAACAAUUGUAUAUAACAAGGGAUAUUAUGCCUUAGUUAACUUUUAAAGUCUUAACAAGUUGUAGCUAGCUACUUACUUAAAUAAAAAUGAAUGUCUGAAAUCAAAUUCACAACCAAUAAAUACACUACAAAUUAUGCUCAUAUUUUGACUAUGAAAUCGAGUACUUUUUUGAAAUGAUUAUAAUUAAACAACCACCUAGUAAAAGUCCUGUUUUAUAAAUAAUAUAACAUUAGCAUAGGAUAGGUUAUGCAAAAUACACUUCUCAUCAAAAAAAUCGAAACACCUUGCAAGUUUACGUUUUGUCAGGAUUAUCAGAAAAAUGUGUACAUUUAGGAAUAAAUGUUAAAUGUCGUUUAAUAGUGAGUAAUAUGAGCUUAUCAAAUCUUAAUGUUAAUGUUCUAAAUUUAAAUGAAUUUUUCAUAGGUUUCGUAUUUUGUUAAAUGAGUCAUUUUUAUUCCGUAUGGAGUAUAAAGGAAAUGGAUAAAACAACACACGUAAAUGAAAAAAAAAGCUAAAAAACGUUUAUUUAAUAACUUGUAUUCACUCCCCGAGCUCUAAUUACUGCUUCCAUACGGUUCUUCAUCGAUCGGAUGAGAGUCACGAUCACAUGCUGUGGUAUAUUGUCCCAUUCCUCUUGGAUUGCAUCUUGCAGCUGGCUAAGUGUUUCUGGGGCAGGAUCUCUUGCUCGAAUUCGUCUCUUUAAUUCAUCUCACAGAUGUUCAAUGGGAUUCAUGUCCGGGCUUCUUGCUGGCCAUUCCAUAAUAGAGAUAUCGACUUCGUUAAGAUAAUCUCGUACGACGCCCGCGGUGUGAGCCCUAGCAUUGUCGUGCAUGAAUAUGAAGCCGUUGCCAAUAAAAUGUGCAUAGGGCAUCACAUGAGGCUCGAGACACUCUUCGACGUACCGAUGACAGUUUAGUGCAGGCAGACGUGGCCCAGACACGAAAGCAAGCUCUGUCUUACUGUCGGCGCUGAUUCCUCCCCAAACCGUCCACGCACCGCCACCAUAGCUGACCUUUUCUUCAAUGCAGCAUUGUGCAUAGCGUUCUCCGUCUCUUCUGUAGACCUUGUUCCUUCCGUCGUUACCAUACAGCAUAAUUUUACACUCAUCAGAAAAGAGAACUUUGCUCCACUGUAGGUAUGACCAAUUUAGGUGCUCACGUGCAAAGUUAAGGCGCGCUCUUCGAUGGUCUGCAGUUAAUUUCGGCCCAUUUGCUGGCUUAUGCGGUACCAGUCCACGAUCCUUCAACCUUCUUCUAAUUGUAGAGUCACUUACAGCCACCCUUCGUACAACACGAAGCCGCUGCUGCAGUUGAAAAGCGUUAAGGCGUCGAUUUCUUAAAGAAGUUGUUACAAUAAAUCGAUCAUCUCGCUCAGAAGUGACCCGAUUCCUGCCAGAUCCUGAACGGCGCGUGAACAAACCAGUCUCCCGAUAACGUUUAUAGACUCUAUGAACAGAUGACAGGCUUAGAUGCAGUCUUGCAGCCACAACACGCUGACUAAGGCCAGAAUCCAGCAAUGCCACAACUUGGGCGGCUUCUGUGGGCGAAGUAUCCAUACGUUUUAGAAAAAAAACCUUUUUUCAGACGUCCCAAAGUCACAGUAUUGAAAUAAAAAACAAAAAGUUUAAGGAUAGGCGCCAAUUUUUAGUUUUUAAACGCUAAAUGUACUCCAACCCUAAACACACAUUUGUCUCAAAACAGUGAUUCAUUUCGUUUAUAAGAUAAACAAAUGAAAUUCUAAUUUUGAAUUUAGAAUUUUCGCUUAUUACUGUAAUGGCCAAACUGCCAGCUAUACAUUUAUGUAUUUUUUUUCAUCGUAUGAAUUCUUUUUUGUGUUAAAUUCGGACAGAAACAAUGAAAACGGAAGUGUUUCGAUUUUUUUGAUGAGAAGUGUAUGUUGCUAGGUAGGUACAUGGUAAAUACGUUAAAUGAGUAUGAGAUAACACAACCUAAGUUCGUGACUAAUAAAAGUAGGUACUUAACAAAAAUGUAUUUUUUGAUGUAAACUCUGAAGUAAUCAGAAGAUAACUUGCAGUGACUGUUGACACGAAAUCUAAAUUAGAUAUUAUAAACCUUAUGGUCAGCCUAUCGCUCUUAAUGAUUGUUCAUCAUGUUAGAAAGGACACUCUCUUUUUUGGGAGUGGAACAUGUUCUACUGGUCAAAGCCCUGGAUAUAACUCGCGUCAAGAACCCGUCCGCCGGGACAGGCUUGUCUUCAUAUAAAUACUGUAGCUGUCUGCCCGCGAAAACGUCCGCGUCAUGAACUUUAAAAAUCAUACAAAUUUUUGCAAGGGGUUUAGGGUUCAGGAAUUUAGCAAAAUCCGUUCUUAGUGAGCACUUAGUGAAUUAUAAUAUGACGCACCAGUAUAAUAGACAAUGGUCCUGAUUGAUGACGUAUUAUAAUUUAUUUCUGGUGUGUUGUGUUGUAUAGGUAGAUAAAAUAUCACCACACAGUUCAUAUCCACUUGAGGACUUUGUAUCAAGUGCCUGCAAGUUGCCUUCUGAUUACUUGUGGCUCUUUCGGCCCCUUUGGGGGACAUUAAGCGAAAGUGUAUGCAUCUAAUGUUGUAAUUGUACUUUGAUCUUGUGAUAGGCGUUGCUGAGCAGGCCACGUAUGUUCCAGAUGUGUUCAAAAUUCUCCGGUUGAGUGUUCAGAUUGGUGUCCGUCGCCUUCACCCAUAUCUCCACCUUUGCGAAGAAUAACCAUUUUAAGAAAAGGGUAGUCCGUAGCCGUAUCCCAAGUGUCGUACUAUUUCAACUGCAAGGUCAAUGACCCGUGGGCGAUGUCAACACGUGACUAUAGUCCGGCAAUCUCGUGCGCGACCCUCCUGCUCCUCCAGCCGAAGCGGCAACACGUGCUUGAUAAUCUGUACUACUUUGAGGGCGACGCACACGAGAUUAAUAUUUGAGGAUGAGUAAGGCUAUCUCAAGACAACUUAAGGAGGUUGUGCAUAAAUAAUUAAUGAGCAAAACACGGAGAAAUCAAAGAGAAGUGACGAAGAAUAUCAAACGGAGAGUGAAAAUGAAAGCGAUAUGGAAAUUGAUUUAUAAUAAAACAAUCUAUUAAUAUUUUAGUUUUCCUAAUAAUUGGUCCUCAAGCAUAAUAAUAAAAAUAAAAUAAAAUA